AGAUACCCCAUUUUCAGAAUUUGUUGCAACUUAUGAUACAGAAUUGGAAGAACCUGCUAUAUUUAAUAUGGAUGAAGAUUUGAUUAUUGAGAGUUCAUUUGACUUUGAUGGUGUAGACACAAUUGAAACAAUGGAUAUUACUGAUAUCUUGAAUGUAAUAAAUGAAAGUAUCAGUAAGGCUGAACCUGCAGCCAGUAACCAGACAAAGCAGCCAUCUAUUGACCAUUACCUGGAAUCAUCCAGUGACCAGUCCAUCAAGCUACCCAGUGAUCUGCCCCAGCUUCCAUGUGCUGUUGAGUCCCAGAAGCCAUGCAGUGACCAGUUCGACAAGCCACCAGUUUACCAGACCCAGUUGUUAUGCAGUGAGAAUGUUCAGCCAGCCAGUGACCAUACCCAACAACAGAUCUUGACCAAGCAAGUGUCAAGUGAUCAGACGGCUGAUAGUGCAAGUGACCAGCCCCAGCUGGAUGUCACUUCAUGGACCAAGCAGCCAUCUUGUAUUCAGAACCAGGAACCAUCAGUUGCCAACACCCAGAUUUCAAGCAGGUGCUUAUAACUAAGUUUGCUUAAAGUUUGGUAAUGUAUAUUGACCUGUUCAGAGCAUAUAACUGAUAAAUCAUUUAUAGGAAUUAAAUGAUCUUUCCUUUAAUCUCAGUU